UUUUAACUAUCCCCUGAUUAAUCGGUAAUCUCUCGUUGACGAUUUCUCGAUCGCAGUACGAAACAAACCAAUUGAUGAUCAUAGAUUUUCUUUUCUUCUUUUGAUCUUAUCAUUAAGCUGUGUGUAUGGAUUUGAGUUUUGCGAGUGUAGUAAUGUAAAGUAAAGCAAUGGGAAUUAGAAAUAGGUUUCUUUGUGAAAUAUGUUGUUAUCUUUGGUGAGCAAGCGCUCACUGGAGGUUGAUUCCAGGGACGCUUAUGGAUUUGCCUUGAGACCUCAACACGUUCAGAGAUAUCAAGAAUACCUUAGCAUCUAUACAGAAGAAGAGACAGAGAGGGCAGAGAAAUGGAAAAACUUUCUUGACCGACAAGAAAACAGAGCCGCUGAACCUUGUUCCUCAGAAGAGGAGUUUCAGGAUUCAUUCCAGGCUGAUGGUUUGGAAUCUGGAGAGGAGAGUGAUUCAGAGGAGGGUUCAAGAAACGGGAAACAUGAAGAUUGUGAACUUAGUGGUACAAGAGUACUGCAGCAUCUUGAACAAGAUAGGACUGAAACAGCUGGUGAUGUUUCAAAAGAGAAAGAAGCAGCCGAGGAGGCGCAGGUUCUUGACGAGCACCAAUAUUUGAGGGAGAAGAGUCUUAGAAGAGACACAGAACCUGUAAAAGACGAGGAUGAAGAGAAAUUUGAAUCUGACAAGGAUAAAGAAUCAUCAGUCGAAAGUGAAAGUGAAUCUGAUAAAGAACAACAAUCUCAAGCAGUAAAAGAACCUGUGGAUCAUGUACAUCUUGUGGCAGAAGAAGAUAAAUGUGAAUCGGGACAUGAUAAAGCAGAAAAAGAAACCAAGGCUCGUUCAGUUAUAGAAUGGGCUCAUAUUAGACCUUGUCUAGGGUCCAUAGAGGAUAUGAUGUGCGCUCGUGUUAAGAACGUAAAGUAUAUGAAAAAUAAUCAGAAGACUAUAGUAGGUGACCAUAUUUCACCGAGAAAAGAAUCGCUGCCUUCCAUUGAAGAAUCUGAACAAAACUCUGGAGAAAAUGACCGUGAUAGUGAGACUUCCACGAGUAGAUCCCAUUCGAUGAAGGAAGAACAGGGUAGUGUUUCUCCAGAGCCAUUUUUCCCUUGGUAUGAAGAACUUGAGGUACUUGUUCGUUUGGGAGUGCCAAAGGAUCUCAGAGGGGAGGUUUGGCAAGCCUUUGUAGGUGUAAAGGCAAGAAGAGUUGAGAGAUACUAUCAGGAUUUGUUGGCUCAGAUAACUAACUCUGAUGAAAGCUCCUCUGAUGUCCAAAGAAAGUGGAAAAAACAAAUUGAAAAGGAUAUACCUCGGACAUUCCCAGGCCACCCUGCUCUGAAUGAAAAUGGUCGCGAUUCGUUAAGGCGGAUACUUCUAGCUUAUGCUUGUCACAACCCAUCUGUUGGAUACUGUCAGGCUAUGAACUUUUUUGCUGGACUGUUGCUUCUGUUGAUGCCAGAGGAAAAUGCAUUUUGGACUUUGGUUGGGAUUAUUGAUGAUUAUUUUGAUGGCUACUAUACAGAAGAGAUGAUAGAAUCUCAGGUUGAUCAACUAGUCUUUGAAGAGUUGAUGCGAGAAAGAUUUCCAAAGCUCGUUAAUCAUCUGGAUUACUUGGGAGUGCAGGUUGCAUGGAUCUCUGGACCAUGGUUCCUAUCUAUUUUUGUGAACAUUAUUCCUUGGGAAUGCGUUCUGCGGAUGUGGGAUGUGCUUCUCUUUGAAGGAAACCGUGUAGUGUUGUUCCGAACAGCGUUUGCUAUAAUGGAACUAUAUGGUCCUGCAAUUGUUGCCACAAAAGAUGCAGGAGAUGCUAUUACUUCACUACAAAGUCUUGCUAGUUCAACAUUUGACAGUAGUCAACUUGUUUUGACCGCAUGCAUGGGUUAUAUAUCGACAAAUGAAGCUAGACUAGAGGAGCUGAGAAAAAUACAUAGACCGGCGGUACUAGAGAUUGUCGAGGAAAGAAUACAAAAAGGUCGAGUCUGGAAGGAUAAAAAAGGAUUGGCUUCUAAGUUAUAUAGCUUCAAACAUGAAGGCUCUAUCUUAGAUCAUGAACAAAAGUCUACUCAAAGAAAUGAUGGUGAGGAUCCAGAUGAUGAUGAUGAAUCUUGUUCGCCUUCUCUGAAUCUGGAUGGUGCUAAUGUUGAUUCUGAAGUAGAUUCUUUACCAGAUCUUCAAGAGCAGGUGGUAUGGAUGAAGGUUGAACUAUGUAGAUUGUUGGAGGAGAAAAGAUCAGCUGUAAUGAGAGCUGAGGAGCUGGAGAUAGCUUUGAUGGAGAUGGUCAAAGAAGAUAACAGAUUGGAAUUAAGUGCACGGAUUGAACAACUGGAAAGGGAAGUAAGAGAACUAAAGCAAGUCCUUUCUGAUAAGAAAGAACAAGAAACAGCAAUGCUUCAGGUCUUGAUGAAAGUUGAGCAAGACCAAAAGCUAACAGAAGAUGCCCGGAUAAGUGCAGAGCAAGAUGCAGCUGCACAAAGAUAUGAAGUACAUGUGCUUCAGGAAAAGAAUGAGAAGCUUGUGACUCAACUCGCUCAAAUGGAGAAGAAACUAGUUACAGCAGAAACAACACUCGAAGCAACUUUGCAAUAUGAAUCAGGUCAAAAUAAAGCACUAUCAUCAUCUCCAAGGUUUACUCGUACUACACAGGAGAGCCCUAAAAAGAAGACAGGCUUCCUAUCAUUUGGGCUUGGCUGGCGCGACAGGAACAAGGCAAAGCAAACGGAUGAAUCAAAUGUUGAUAAUACUAGUAAUGCAUCAUCUGAAUCCAAAUCUCCAUCAAAAGAAAGCAAAUCCGAAGAUCUUUUAAAUCCGGAGACAAGACGCUAACCGACAAAGAGUCAUUUAUAACUGCAAAACAUUUAGGUAAUUUUUCAAACCUUGGUAGCCUCACAUGCACCUUCCAAUGAGUUCUCUGCAACAUCUAGAGGUGUUUAUAGAGUCUUAAAACACUUUUCCAGAUUCAUGAAAAACGAAACAAUCAGUGUUUCUUAUGAUCUUGAAGCUGUUAAAGAUCUUAUUGCAUUGUCUCUCUUGUGGUUUCAGAGAACUUAUUGCUAAA